AUCCGGCCAGGCUGUCUGUAUCAGUGUUUUGGAGCAGCUCAAGGUGGGGGGCUGCAUGAUAUCCUCAGGAUCACAGCAGCAGGAAACUACAAGAAUCUGUUUACUUCACCCUCGGGAGUCACAUUCGUACAGAAUCUUACAAAAUGGACCUCAAGUAGGACACUGUUUCAAAGUAGUAUUAAACAACUGAAUUCAGUACUUUUAUGGUCAAUUCAGGAUUACUUUUGGUGUCAUUAUUCAACCCUUCGCUAUGUGGGGCAGAGUAAUUUCCGACUACAAGAGUGGAUUUAUGAACUGUGGCAGACAAACAGGCCCUGAUGUCCCACCUACAAGAUGGGUUCUAGGCUGUGAAGCCGUUUGGCGGGCCCCUACACUCCUGACUAGUGUCCGAAAUAACACCAGCAGAAGAUUCAGCGCUACCUCUGAUAGUGGAGACACUGGAAUAGGCACUUCAAGUUCAGACAGCAUAGAAGACCACUCCAGCUCAAGUGGCAUCUCAUCCUUCAAACCAAAUAGAUCUCUCAUUACCAUCCCCACAGCCCAUGUCAUGCCUUCCACCUCCAACUCCUCAUCAGCUAGACCUGGAUGUCAGGAUGGAGAUGCCUGUACUAAAUGUAAUGUGACCUUGACACAGUCUGACAAGCCAAAAAACCUUUCUACACCAAAAACAAUUUUAGAUAUGAAGGAUCCCAGACCUAUCAGGAAAUGGUCAUCACUCUCCAAACUUGUUGGUGCAGAGAAGGAUAACCCUGAGUGUGGGGCUCCUGGGAGUGUGGAUUCUAUAAACAAUAUGGAAGAUCUAUCAAACUGCAAUGUGGAUCCAGAUGCAUAUGGAGUAAAUGUCCUGGACAAUUUUACUACAUCUCACAAGUUAGAACAUUUGAGGAUCGAUGACGCACAGAGUUGGGGCACAUGUUCCAAAGAGCCCACCCAGAACCAGUCUUCAGUUUUUCGUGGGCAUUACAAAUAUGAGAACUUUUGUAGAGGUGCUGGGGACUCUUCUUUUCCAGCUACUAUAUCCAGCAAAAACCACUUAGAUUUAAAGUUCAGUGCCUUACAUGCUGACAAAACAACCUCAGCUGACUGGGAUGCUUCUGGAAAAAGACACAGUUUUAAGUUGCUGGAGAAUCAACCUGUUCGUGGUUCAACAGCCCCCUCAUGCUUGAGGACUCAGUUGUGGCUUAGUGACCAGAUGCAAACCAAUUCUCUUGACCUCAGACCUGCUGAAGGAUCAUGUGAUUUUCCUGUUUGUCAACAUAAGCAGCAGCCAGAACAGUUGAGACGAGAAACUGACCCAGUCCAGAUGCCCAAUAAGUCACCAUUGCAGGUUUCAAUGGUCUACCCCACUCAGCUAAGUCAGGAUUCAUAUGAAAGGAACUCACAGCUGAAGAUGAAGGAGAGUUUACUAAGAAAAAAGGAUAUUGUCAUUGAAAGCCAGGAACAGCAGAUUAUCCAGCUUCAGCAAAAAAUACAAGAAAAUGAACUCCGAGCACAGAGAGCACUUUUGGAACACUGUGAUCCUGCAUUCAUGAUAAAAACACAGCAUGAAUCACCGUGUGAGAAUAUGCGACUUACACACCACACAGAAACAUCCAAAGUGAUUGAUUGUGGAAAGAAAGACCUAGAGCAAAAGCUGUCUGCAGCAGAGCUUGAGAUUGUGCGUCUAAAUGAGUGCCUCAGGAAAAAUACACAAAAAUAUGUGGAAGAAAUAAAGAAAAUGGAGGAGAAGGUGAAAGCACGUGAGAAAUAUAUCAACAGUCUGAAAAAGAAGCUGCAGAAGGAAUCUGAGCAAAGCCAGGAACGACAACAGAGAAUAGAAACUCUAGAAAAGUACCUUGCUGACCUACCCACCUUGGAUGAUUUUCAGAGCCAAAGUCAGCAGCUUAUUAUACUUGAAGAGAAAAAUGAAAAGUUUCAGGACACAUUUAAAGAUUUGGAAAAAAAGCUAGGGGAGAAUCGAGUCCUUUGUAGAGAGAAGGAGGUGCUUCUGGAGAGUCAGAAGAAAAGGGAGAAGGCAUUAGUUGCCACUGUACAAAGUCUGCAACAGAAAGUAGAGAAGUGCCUAGAAGAUGGAGCUCGGUUUCCCAUGCUGGACAUGAAGCAGCUCCAGUGUGAGAACGACUACCUCAGGAAAAAGUAUGAACAUGCCAACAAGGUCAUUGACAAUCAAGAGCAGCAAAUAAAACAAUGUAACCUGGAGAAACAGGCUUUAGAGGAAAAGUUGAUGCAAGAAAAGUCUGUCUCGCAGACCUUCCGGAAGGAGCUUGGAGAGACUCAGAGAAAUCUGCAGCUACUGAAGGAACUCAUGGAAGGAUUUUCAUCAAAGAACCAAAGAUUACCAGAAAAUUCAACUUUUGAGGAACAACCACAAGGAACUGAAGCACCCAAGCAAAACUUAGCAGAUGAAAUACCAGCCAUUGAAAAGCUACUGAAAGAAAUGUCCUACUGUCUGCAUGACCUACGUGCACUAUGCAAUAUCCUUACUCAGCGGGCAGAGGGCAAGGAGCCAAAUCUUUCUUUGUUACUCGGGAUACAAUCACUGCACUGUUCAGGAGAUGAAGGAGAGAAUUCCCAUAGUGGAGAAUUGCUUUCAAAAAUGCUAUCUGAUGUUUGUCAAUUACGGAAAGAUAUUGAUUCAUUAAGGACCAUAAUAUCAGAUCGAUAUGCUCAGGAUAUGGGUGACAACUGUAUAACUCAGUGACAAUGUGUUUAUCUUGUAGCAAUAUGAGCAUAGACUGUACUACUGCUUUAUUACAGUCCCAUGCUCUUCGAUUAGAGAGCCAUAAAGCAAAAUUGCAGCUAACGUGAAAAAAAAGAGCCAUGAAUGAAGUUUUGUUGUUUUAUUAAAGGACGUUGUUAAGUAAUAAUAUGGAAUAUAUGAAAAUUUGCUUGCAGUUAGUGUAUCUCAUCUAAAACUACUGAAGGUAGAACCAACCUGCAACAAGUAUGGUUAAUUUAAAGGUAUUUACUUGGAUCAUUUUAUUUUGUUAAUUGGAAUCUGGGCCUGGAUUUAAUGAAGCCAAACGGGGUUUCACAAGCCCUAUUUUGUCAACUUUUGCAGAGGUCCGCUGACUAAUUGUCACUCAGGCACUUUACUGGGAUCAAGGACCUCGAACGAAACUCUGCCCAAUGAAAGCCAUCAGCCAAUCAAAGGCCCAUUAUCACUAUCACCAUCGAAUUAGUGCCUGCUUCCAGAGCACCAACCCAGUUCAAGUACCAAUAUUGAAUCCUAGGGCAUGUAAGUGAUUGUGUGGUUGGUGUGACAGGAUGCCGAUCACAGGACUGACAAAGAAAGGGCAGAGUGUAUCUGAGCUGCCCUGCACUGCCCAAUGCCAGCUACUUCGAAGCAAGUACCUUUGAAGGAGUGACCAUACCCCUCCACAUGGAGCCUAGAUCGUGGAUCCGCAAUAUGCCUCUGGAUUAAUACAAAUGUCAUCUGGAUAAGGCCCUUAUUCAUUGCUCACUUGGGGGAUGUCAAUUGGCAAUAGAAUAGAAAUGAAAAGGAGCACCACAGCUCUCACUCCAAACAUUAUCAGAAUGGAGGUAGAAAAGUGAUUGUUUCUCACUUUGUCUCUCCAACCUGAUUACAUGACAUGUCCAAUAACACGCCCCCACAACCGCUACCCCAUAAACCUGCGAGAAAGAGGGCAAUAAAUUCCUCCAGUUGUGACGAAGUUAAAUAGCUUAACAUUGAUUGUAAUACGGUGCAUAUUCAAAUCAAUGUGUUUCACUCUAA